UUGCUUUUGCAGGGAUUGACUUGGUGGCUCAUGGCGAGGAUCGUUGUCCUGGGUGUUCUGUGUGCAGUGACAGAAUGCUUGGAAGUGACAACGUCCACCAAACAGUCUCUGGUGCUGGUGGGAGAAGACCUAUUACUCCAUUGUUAUUUCACCUUCCUGGAACCUAUCAGAGCUGAAGAUGUCGCUGUAAAGUGGACGUUGAGGCACCUUGGUGUAGCGAGACCAGUGUACACGUUUGACGGAUUUAAUACCAAUUCCCUGCGACCAGAAAGCUUCAUGGAUCGUCGACUCCUGGAGACUGGCAAUGCCUCCUUAUACCUGCCCAACCUGACGCUGGAGGAUGAAGGCGAGUACACCUGUACUGUCCUAAUAUCUCCAGAGUUUGGAGAAGCUACUCUGGUCCUUAGACUUGCAGCACAGCCCUCCGUCACCCUGCUCCCACAGAACCCUCAAGUGACCACUGGGGAGAUGAAGACAUUUAUUUGUAAGCUCAGUCAUUUCUAUCCACAUGAUCUUGAUAUGAAAUGGAUAAUGAAGAAGGAGGAAAAAGAAAUUGUCCUGACAAAGGACAUCUGCACGGGUGUCCCUUUCCAGGGUGAGAAUGGAACCUUCAUGGCCGACAGUCAGGUGUCUAUUGUGUUUACUGAGGGAGAUGAUGGGAGUGUGAUCCUGUGUGAGGUCAGACACCAGUCACUGCCACAGCCGCUGAGGAGAGACACCACCAUUCACUUCACAGUUGUACAGGGCCCUGGCAAGGUGGCGCUCAUCAUCUGUUCACUGGUGAUGGGACUGGCGCUAAUAUUGGCAUCUGUGCUUUUAUACUGGAAAUUUCUGGCAUCAGUGCCUCCACGGGUGUCAGCGCUUAUUCUGCCAGAGCUGAACAUGGCAGGUGAGAGGAUGGUUGCCAUAUGUAACAUCAAUGGCUUCAGACCCAGAGCAGUGGACAUUUGCUGGUACAUUGAAAAGAGCAGUCAAGGGGCAGGAAGCGGUCAUUAUGAAGGUGAACGUCUGCUGCAGGCCACUGAUAUCACCAGCCUUGCCAAGCACCCAGUCAUCAAACAUGGCAGCGUGUUUAAUGCUACCUCCCAGCUGUCAUAUACCCCCUCAGUCCAGGAUGAUGGGGCAACCCUAGUAUGUGAGGUGCGGCACAAGGCACUGGGCGCUGUAACCAGACAGGAGAGCCAGAUAAAUGUAGCAGCGCGCCCGAAGAAAAGUUACAUAACCAGCUGGCCGCAGGAUCCUCAGAGAGGGGACAAACUGACCCUCAGCUGUAUUGUGGAACGUUUCUAUCCAAAGCCAAUAGCAGUAACGUGGUUGAGGAACGGCCAAGUGCAGAGCGGUGUCACACAGUUCGGCCCAUUCCCCUGUGAAAAUGAGUAUUACAGCAUAUGGAGCCAGACAGAACUGACCCUGACUGAGGAGGAGGACGGGUUGAUGUAUACCUGUCAGAUCAGUCACCUCAGCCUGCGGCGCAUUGAGGAGCUGUCCUACGAAAUCAAUGCACAAGGAACACCACCCGAGGUACAGUUUAUCACCGCUGAACCUGUGACACCUGUUAUUGGACAAGAAAUGGUCCUCAGCUGCAGCAUUAGUAACUUCUUUCCCAGGGAUAUAACAGUGGACUGGUCUAAAGAUGGUGUCCGACUAGACACAGACGUCUGUCAUUCUCUGCAUAUUACGACCACCAAUGGCGUCCACUCAAUGUGGAGCUUCUUGAAGUAUACACCUGCAGCUGAGGAUGAUAGGAGUGUCUUCACAUGUUCAGUGCAACAUGCAGCCCUGAAGAACCACGAGGAACGGACUUACACCCUGAACAUCCCAACAGAGAAUAAAUUUAUGUAGAUACAUCAUUUUUCUUUUCAUUUUAGGCAACCUUU